AAUAAAUACCAGAAUUUGCCAUGAAGUCACUUGGCCACAAAACGAGUUUCGCGGCUCUGCUGCUGCUCUGUUCGCUGAGCUGCGUCUCGGCCUACAAUUAUCUGGUGGUGCUGCACACGGCAGCCCGUUCCCACUACCACGUGGGAUCGGCACUGGCCAAAGGUCUGGCUGCAGCGGGUCAUCAGGUGACGAUCGUAUCGCCCUUUGAGCUGAAGAAACCAAUUCCGAACAUUAAGGAUGUGCUUGUGCCCAGUGUUAUGGAGGUCAUGAAAGGCCACAUUGGCAACCUGUUGAAUAAAUCGAAAGAGCCGAUGCUCACGCGUACCAUUGGCUUCUAUCAUAUGGGCCUGUCCAUAACCGAUGCCCUGCUCAGCGAUCCCAAUGUGGUGGCGCUCAUGAAAUCGAAUCAAACCUACGAUGCCGUCGUCUCUGAGGUCUUCCUCAACGAGGCGCUUUUCGGACUGGCGGAACAUUUCAAGGCGCCGCUCAUUGGAUUGGCCACUUUUGGGGCCAUCAGCUGGAACACAGAUCUGGUUGGCACUCCAUCACCGCCCUCCUACGUGCCGCAUGCCAUGAUGCGCUUCUCCGAUCACAUGACGCUGCUGCAGCGCGUGGCCAAUCUGGCCUUUCUCUCUUACGAGUAUCUCUUCCAGAACUUCUACUACCUGCCCCUCCAGGCGGACAUCUACAGGAAGUACUUCCCCAAUAACAAGCAGGACCUCUACGAGACACGGAAAAACACAGCGCUGGUCUUGCUCAACCAGCACGUCUCCCUGAGCUUCCCACGGCCCUACUCGCCCAACAUGAUCGAGGUGGGAGGUAUGCACAUCAACCGCAAGCGCCAGCCACUGCCCAAGGACAUUGAAGAGUUUAUCGAAGGAGCCAAACAUGGAGUAAUCUACUUCUCCAUGGGUUCCAAUCUGAAAAGCAAGACUCUGCCCCUGGAGAAGCGUCAAGCCCUGUUGGACACCUUCUCUCAGUUGAAGCAGCGUGUUCUGUGGAAGUUCGAGGACACUGACUUGCCCGGCAAGCCGAAGAAUGUCUUCAUCUCGGACUGGUUCCCUCAGGACGACAUCCUUGCCCACAACAAUGUGAUUGCGUUCAUCACCCACGGUGGCCUGCUGAGCACCACGGAGUCGAUCUACCAUCGCAAGCCCUUCGUCGGGAUUCCCAUCUUUGGCGAUCAGUUCCUCAACAUGGCGAGGGCCGAGCAGAAUGGCUACGGGGUGACAGUGAACUAUGAAGAGCUCACAGCGCCCAAGCUGUUGGCAGCCAUCGAACGGCUCAUCAAUGAUCCCGAGGCCUCCAAGAAGGUGCAGGACAUGUCGGAUCGUUAUCGCGAUCAGCCGGAGACACCACUGGAACGCGCAGUCUUCUGGGUGGAGCACGUAACCCGCCACAAGGGCGCCAAGUACCUGCGAAGUGCCUCCCAAGAUCUCAGCUUCAUUCAGUACCACAAUCUGGAUGCCAUUCUGCUGCUAUACGGAGGCAUUAUCUUUGUUCUGUACUGUUUGGGUCUGCUGAUUCGUCGUUUGUGGCGUUUUCUGCAGGAAUUGUUUAUUGGCAGAGCAAAUGACAAGUCAAAGUCGAAGGCGAAGCUUAGUUAGAGUUCAGUUUGGAGCUCUAAUUAAGUCUUUUCAUAGCAAUAAAUGUGUAGGUUUACAGGA